AUGGCCAGAUGGUUGCGCCUUUAUAAAUUUCCUCAGGUCAGCUAUGCAUCUAGUGUAGUCAGCCUCAGUGACAAAACUCAGUUUCCUUCCUUUUUACGGAUAAUACCCAAUGAUCAAUCCUGGUCUCACGGUGUGGCCUUGGUGUUGCAAUACUUUGGCUGGACCUGAGUGGGAAUUGUGGCUCAAGAUGAUGAUUUUGGCAACCAGGCCAGCUACUUCCUGAGUGAUGAGUUGAAGAAGGCUAGCAUCUGCAGAGAAUUCCUCAUGAAUAUUCCCACCUUAAAUUUUCACGAAAAUUUUCCAAGUGUUGCACGCAUAAUGGGAACUGUGUCAGCCAAGGCCAUUGUGGUGAUUCUGAACACUUUCAGCUUCUCCCUCAUGUUAAAGGGACUCUCAGGAAGGGAUGUCACAGGAAAGAUAUGGAUCAGAAGAAACAUAGAUGACAGUGAGAUUGCUCUCUCCUGCCCAAACAUUUCCCAAACUCUUGCCAUUUCUAGACAAAGGGGAAAGAUUCCAGGGUUUUCUGAAUUCCUUGGCCACCUGCAUGUAGAUAAGACUCCAGAGAAUGAUUAUAUAAAAAUAUUUUGGGAAAAAAUAUUUGACUGUAGGUGGUCUACCCAGGGACUUCCUCGCCUGAGGAAUAGGACAGAACUAGAAGGAUCCAAAUUCUGCACAGGUAGAGAGCAUCUACAGGGUCAGACCAUCUCUUCACUGACCUCAAAUACCUUGAGUGAGACCUAUGGCGCCUACACUGCUGUGUACAGCAUUGCUCAUGCCCUCCAGGACCUGAUCUCCUGUGAUGCUAGAGAAGGGCCUUUUGGGAAUGGGACCUGUGCUGAGAUCUGGGAUUUCCAGCCUUGGCAGCUUUUGUGCUAUCUCAAGAAGGUUCGAUUCUGGGUCCAUCAAGGAAAAGAGGUUGUUUUUGAUGCCAAUGGAGAUUCCACUGUGUAUGACGUUCUAAAUGGGCAAGAUACUCUCCCAAAAUCAUUUUCCUUGGUGAAAAUUGGUGUGGUUGUUACUACAGGCCCAUCAGGAAAAGAACUGACAGUCAAUGAAAGUUCUAUUAUUUGGAGAGGAGGCCAAUCACAGGCUCCUCAUUCUGUCUGCAGAGAGAGUUGCCUUCCUGGAUCCAGUCAGAUUCCACGACAAGGCUGGCCCCAUUGCUGCUUUGACUGUAGACCCUGCCCAAGGGGAUACAUUGCAAAGAACAGAGAUAUGGAGCAAUGUGAAAAGUGCCCUGAAGAUCAGUAUUCAAACAGUCACGGGAAUCACUGUGUCCCCAAGGCUGAAGUCUUCCUGGCCUAUGAAGAGCCCAUGGGCAUGGCUGUGACAUGUGCUGCUAUUUCCUUCUCACUUCUUACAGUUUUCAUUCUUGCAGUCUUUGUGAAGCAUCGAGGCUGUCCUAUAGUCAGAGCCAACAAUGCAGUUCUAAGUUACAUUCUUCUUAUCUCCCUUGCUCUCUGCUUCCUUUCCUCCUUGCUCUUCCUAAGUCAUCCAACCAAAGUCACCUGCCUCCCUACUGCUUUUGGGACUGUAUUCACAGUGGCAAUUUCCUCCAUUUUUUCCAAAACCAUCACUGUGGUUUUUGCCUUCCAGGAGACAAGACCAGGGAGCACAAUUAGGAGGUGGAUGAGACCCCGAAUAUUGAAUUCUACGGUCUUUAUAUUCUCCAUCCAACUCACUAUUUGUGCUAUCUGGCUGGGAACACAUCCCCCUUUCCCAGCUGCAGACACCCAUUUUCAGCCUGGGUACAUCAUCACUGAGUGUAAUGAAGGCUCUGUCAUUGCCUUCUAUUGUGUCCUGGGCUACAUGGGCUUCUUGGCCCUUGGGACCUUCAUUGUGGCCUUCCUGGCCAGGAACCUUCCUGACAUCUACAAUGAAGCCAAGUUCAUCACCUUCAGCAUGCUAGUGUUCUGCAGCAUCUGGAUCUCCUUCCUCCCCACCUACCAGAGCACCAAAGGGAAGGCGAUGGUGGCUGUAGAAGUCUUUGCCAUUUUGGCCUCCAGUGCUGGGCUACUGGGUUGCAUCUUUGUACCCAAGUGUUACAUGAUUGUCUUUAGGCUCAAUGGGCACACACAUAAAUGGCUAAAGAGAUCACCAGGUGGCACCAAAGAGGUCCAUUUGCAUACUCUUCCCUUAGCAUCUUCUUCUGCUUCAUCUAAGGUUGGGAGGAAACCAAUCAAGUGA